AGGAAGAGAAGAAAGAGCGGAUUACAGUUUGGGAGACAGCAUGUUAGAAAGCCUGGACAGUUCUGGAACAAGAUCCUUGGACAAGAAAAACCAGGAUGAACUUAAACCAGGAUGAUUGGAAAAGAAGAAUAUAGAGAAGGAAAGGAAGGGCUCGUGAUCCAAAGCGUCCCACAUCAGACAUCAUCAGACAUGAGAUUAUUUUCAGCUUUAACCUUUUGACUCGUCCUACACACACUUCACUCGGGAUGAAUCGGUACAGACAGACAGUGAGUGAGUGAGUGAGUGAGGAACAACUGGCAGCUGGUGACCGCUAGGUGGCGGUAAUGCGAUAUAGUGGCUGCAGCACCAAGAGGACGAAGAAGAAGCUGAACAGCAGCAUGACCCGGAAGCACAGCGGCGCUCAGUGAGCUACAGAGUAAAUAAACAGUGGAGGUGAAAGUCAGGGUUUCUCCGCACUCCGGUUCCGUGUCCUCGGGUGUCCUCGGGUUUCCUCGGGUGUCCGCUGCACUGAGGCGGUGGGGGGGGGAGACAUGGACGCCCCGCUGGUGAUCUGCACGAAGGAGGAGCAGCGCGCGGUGAUCCGCUUCCUGUGGUCGGAGGGAGUCCCCGGCGCGGUGAUCUACCGCAGGCUGUGCGCGCAGUACGGGGAGAACGUUCUGUCGCGGAGAACCGUGUACGAGUGGAUCGAGAGGUUUAAGGAGGGCCGGGCGAGUGUGAGCCACCAGGAGGGAGCGGGACGACCGGCCACGUCCACGGCGCAUGACAACAUCGAGCGCACCCGCGAGCUCAUCCUCUCCAACAGGCACGUGACCGUGGACGACGUGGCGACUCACCUGCAGAUCAGCCACGGCUCGGCGUACGAGAUCAUCCACGACCGCCUGAAGUUCCGGAACGUGUGUGGGCGGUGGGAGCACGGGCUGGAGGAGCGGAGACCCCGAAAGAGCCUGAAAGUCAGUCACGAGCUGGAAGACUGACGGGCCCCUGAUUUACUGGGGUUUAUUCAGGAAAAACCAUCAGCAGGACUCGUUACAGUGAGACACCUACAGAAGAGCACUUGGGAUUAGACGCAGGAGACACGCUGCUGUCCCGAGAUUAGACAUUAAACUCACACAAACACUUCAUAGUUCUCUAACACUUACUUAUGUCUCGUGAACAGAGGAAUUAAACAGACAUUAUGAGCUGCAGUUCUUAAACCUGACCACACGAUGGCAGUGUCGUCUCGGUUUCUAUAGAACACCUGAACAACCUUUUAAUCCUUUGAACAUAAUUCUUAUCUCAGCCUGCUAUUAUAUCUGAACUAUGAUUAUAACUACACUCCUAUUCACUGAGGUAUUUAUUCUUUUCUCUCAGUGUUCCAGUCACAGCUCUUAAAUAGAAGUUUACUUUUACAUUAAGGCGUUUGGCAGAAGCUCUUAUCCAGGAGACCUUGAGGGGAAAAAGAUUUUAAAGUGCAUUAAAGUUUCCUUAAUCGGAUAAAUCCUUACACUGGGUUACUAAGUUACAAUCUAUGAGUACAAUCAGUCAAACCCUCCUGGGCAGCCUUUUUUUUUAAAAUUAGGGUGGGGGGAUUAACCCAAAUAUGUACGAAACAGAUAGUGUAGGUCUUUAUUCAUUGCGUAAAGACCUGCAGAUCAGCUGUCCAGACAUGUAGAAGAAGAUGCCUAUAAAGUGCUCUUCAGUCAUUUAAACUGAGGGAAUAAAGCGAGUCCAGACCUGAGGCAGUUGGAUAUGUACAUAUAAUGUUCACUAGAGAUGCUUAUUUCCAUGCCACCCCAGUUGCAAUGAUGCCAGCAGUUCAGGAUGUCGUGGUUAUUGGGUUGUGUUUAAAGAUGUGCUAUCUGUAGGUCAGGGUGCAAGCUGUAGGCCUCAGGCAUAGACGUUAGAAAUAAAAGAAAGUGUUCAUACUUUAAUGAUUUUUACACUUCUGUGUUAUUUAAUUGUGAUUUAUAUUAGUAGUAGUGGUGGUGGUAAUACAGUGGACAUGAUGUACUUGCUCAUCCUGAUGUGUAUUCCUGUUUCUCCACCACUUUCUAAAUAAUUGCAACUUCCUGUUCCUAUUAACUGGUUCCUCUCGUUCUUUCUCGUUUAAAUCAUAUGAAAUCUUUUGUCUUCUCCAGAUUAUAGGAAAUCCUGCUGAAGCCUGAUCAGUGCUUUUCUUCUUUUGUUUUAAUUUGUUAAGAAAGUCUGGACUCGAGCUGCAAAUUGAGAAGAAAAACAUGAAUGCCUAAAAUGUGAAAGUGUGAUUCACUAGCAACAGGCUAGCCAGCUAAAAUCAGCAGUCUUGUGUGUGUGUGUGUUGUAUCUGCUUUCAUUAAACUGUGUCUAUUUUAAUUGAUAUAAAGUAAA